AUGCCUCGACUCACUGCUUUGGAAGAAGUGCGCUUCGUCGCCCUUGAUGGAGGCGUCCCGUCUUACUUCUUCGAGGCCGUAAUCCUAGCGCCACGAUUGAGAGUGAUUCAUGUUGAAGGCCACGAUCACUGGCCGAAGACGGAUGGCUUUCUCCCUGGAGAUCACCCUGUUACUCCGUCUUACAUCCAGGAGUUUACGUGGACGCGCUCCAUCUGGCAGGAGGUCAGCGAUGCUGACUUCCGCCAGGAGGCGACCGUCUUCUUGUCAAUCAUCCCACGCAUACGAUCUACUCUGCGGGUACUGCAUCUUCCUGUAGAGUCACUCUGCUAUCAUUCCCUUCUAUCGUCUCCCUGGCCCUCUCUUAUCGAAAUAUCAAUCACGGGACAACGCCCCCCCGCGAGUCUAGCUAUUGACAUGGAUUUCUCCUCACUUCUCUCCAAUAUACCGUCUCUCCGUGUCUUCAGAGUUCAUAUGCCUCAGUCCGCAGACUCGUCGAGGAUAUGUCUUCUGCGGCCUUCAACUUCUGGACCGUGUCCCGCACUCGACUCUCUCCAGGUUUUGGACAUAGCCUUCCCCUCUCCCGAGGAUGCCAUCUUCGAGCGCCUGCCUCGAUCAUUGCGCCAAUUGUCCCUCACCGACUGGCCACGUCACUAUCUCCGAGUAGAUCAGAAUUACAGCUACAUGUGUCAGGGGUGGACCUCACCUGUCUUGACAUCUCCAGAACUUUUGAAAAUACUCCGUCGUUGCCACUUCCCCGACCUAGAGAGUCUCGAGUUGGUCUACGAGGCAAAUUCCAGUGGGAAUGACGUCUUACUCCAGAUAGCCCGCGUCUUUCCCGCUCUACGCACCCUCAAGAUAUUCCGGUAUCGAUCAUCCAGUAGCGCUUCUGUUGACAUCGACUCCAUCGCACAUGCCCUCUCUCUUCUGAGGGGGCUACGGAGACUUUACAUCCACAUCGACAUGGAUGGCGCAUCGAUUCCUGGUGUUAGGGCGACAAACGAAGAACGUGAUCGUGCGCAGAGGUUUCGUGAGACAUUGGGUGAUCGUGUCCGGGUGCUAGUUGAUGGUCUCACACCCGAGCUGGAGUAUGUAUAUAUGCUGGAACGUUGGCCAACUGUGGACCCCUUUUGGGCAGCGUGGGAGGUUAAGCGUGAAGCGACUGAGGGAGGAACGCGAACGAUUUGUAAGGAAGUUGGUGUUCGAAAUGAACGGUGA